AUGGGUAAAUAUUUAAUAGUAUUAGAUCUAAAUGAUACAAUUUUAGCCAAAAUAAAAAAAUCUGAUAAAAAAACGCUAAGUAAAUUAUCAAAAGAGCAAGUUGGUAAAUUAUAUCGAUGUACAAAUUAUUAUUUAAUUGAAAGGCCUAAUACUAAAUUAUUUGUUGAUUUUUUGGAAGAUCAUAAACUUGAUUACAUUUUCUGGUCAACUUCUAUGAGGCAUAAUCUAGAAAAAAUGCUUCCUUUUCUAUGUGAAAUUGGGUAUAAAAAAGCACUAGGAUAUUUAAGUCAAGAAGAUUGUGAGGAAGGAAUAAUUACAGAAAAAAUUAAAGCAGAAAAAAGCAUCAAAAAUUUGAAUAAAGUCUGUAAAGUAUUUAAAAGGGAAAUAGACGAUGUUAUUCUUAUCGAUAAUUCGGUAGAAAAACAUAUUAAAGGACAGAAUUUUAUACAAAUUAGUGAUAUUAAUUUACUAGAAGAUAAUGAGUUACUAGUACUGUGUAAAAAAUUGGAUAAAUUUAUUGGAUGCCAGAAAAAGUGCUUUAUCAAAAUUUCUAAAGAAAAUAUACAAUUUAUUUAA